GUUAUCGCACCAGCGUCGAGAGAAUCGCGAGAAAUAAAAUGGUUAGGGCGAAAAGAGAGGAAGGAGGUUAUCCAAACGUGCGACCAGUACAAUGCUCCUGGUCGCUAUAUGGUGUACUGUAGUGGUAAAUUGCUGCAAGCUGUGAUGGCCACCAAGCUCUACAACGACUCAAAAACGUUCGUCGAUCAACCAAUGAAGGAGGGACGAACCGGGAGUCAAAUAAUCAGCGAUUUCGAGCGGCAGUUUCCGCAGCCUGUUUCACAGAUCUCAAAAGACGACGUGAAGAGAUUUGUCGACGAGAACUUCGACAAGGAAGGACAAGAGCUUCGUAGCUGCACCCUCUCCGACUGGACCAGGUAUCCGGCAAGUUUCAAAACGAUCAAGGACAAUAACCUGCGAUUGUUCGCUUUGAAUUUGAACGCAAUCUGGAAGGAACUUUGUCGCGAGAUGAAGCCCGCUGUCAAGGAUUCUCCCGAGCGAUUUUCACUUCUAUACGUCCCUCAUCGCUUUGUUGUACCUGGAGGACGAUUUCGCGAAUUCUACUACUGGGAUGCUUACUGGAUCGUGAAGGGUUUACUCGCGUCAGGAAUGACGGACACCACAAAAAGUAUGAUUGACAAUUUCGCCUACAUCGUUGAUACCUAUGGAUUUAUCCCGAAUGGUGGUCGAGUUUACUAUCUACGACGAUCACAGCCACCGCUAUUUAUACCAAUGGUCUAUGAAUAUUACUUGGCUACAAGAGACAAAGAAUUCCUUCGUACAAUGCUUCCCAUUAUGGAGAAAGAAAUUCAAUUCUGGCAAAAAAAUCGCACAGUAUCUCUUGGAGUCGACGGAGAAACCAUCACGAUGUAUCAGUACAGGACUCCUUCCACGGUGCCAAGACCAGAAUCCUAUCGCGAAGACGCCUCAGCCGCUGCAAAUAUAACCGAUCCAGACGCUAAACUUCAAUUCUACCAGGAUAUAGCCAGCGGAGCCGAAUCCGGAUGGGAUUUCUCUAUUCGUUGGUUCGCCGAUAAAGUCUCGCUCAACUCCAUUGAAACCACUAACGUGGUCCCAGUUGAUCUCAACGCUUUCAUCUGUUACAAUUUACACAUUCUAGGAGCUUUACACGCUGAAGUCGGAAAUGAGCAUAAGAGCUCGUCUUGGACUGCACAAUAUAUCAAAUUCCGUGGAGAUUAUUUCGAAAAGAUCUUUUAUGUGAAGAAGCCCAAAGGCUGGUAUGACUACAACUCUCACGUCAAAAACUAA